CACCCCCCACGCGCCCGUGCUGCGCUUCAUGGAUGCUUCAGCACUUCAGCAUCCUCAGCCCUGCCCAGCUCAGCGGAACUGAAACGUUGACUGCACGGACAAAUCCGACUCUCUCCUUUUUGCCUUUACCACACUACUAGAGAGUUGUGAAAGCAGCUAUGGCAAACAGAGGGCCCAGCUACGGACUGAGCCGGGAGGUGCAGGAAAAGAUUGAGCAGAAGUACGACCCUGACCUGGAGCAGCGGCUGGUGGACUGGAUAGUUGCACAGUGUGGAGGAAACCUGGAGAGGCCACAGACGGGAAGACAGAACUUCCAGAAAUGGCUGAUGGAUGGGACAAUCCUCUGUAGGCUCAUCAAUAGUCUUUACCCAAGGGGGAAGGAGCCGGUCAAGAAGAUUCUAGAGACGCAGAUGGCCUUCAAACAAAUGGAGAAGAUCUCUCAGUUUCUGCAAGCAGCUGAAGCUUACGGAGUCACAACCACUGACAUAUUUCAAACUGUGGACCUCUGGGAAGGAAAGGACAUGGCAGCAGUGCAAAGAACCCUAAUGGCGUUGGGUAGCGUGGCUGUCACUAAGGACGAUGGCCAUUACAGAGGAGACCGAGACUGGUUUCACAGGAAAGCCCAGGGGUAUCGGCGAGAGUUCAGUGAAGAGCAGCUCCGCCAGGGCCAGAGUCUGAUCGGCCUGCAGAUGGGCAGCAACCGCGGGGCUUCCCAGUCUGGUAUGACGGGCUACGGUAUGCAUCGUCAGAUCAUGUAGACCACUAACUACAGUAGCUAACCUGUUCCCUUGCUUCAACACUUUAUUUUCGACUAAUACCUCCAAAACUGUAACCUUCAUAUCCUUUCUAACGCCUGCUAUGUUAACCUCGAUUUUCCUGGAACUGCUGCUUUCCUAAAAAGAGGGAUCUGUCUUAAAAAAUGAUGUCAUAUACUGUAGAUCUCCUUCUGCCAGCUCUCUUCCUGUUCUUCCUCCUUAUGCCAUGUGCUGUAUUACUUCUUGGCUAUUUUCCCCAUGGUCAGAUGAUUACUUAAUGUGAUUUCAAAGAUGUUCUACAACAUUUUAGUCUUAAUCUAGAGAAUUUAAGAUAAAAUCUCUAUACAAAACAAGCCAUCAGUGUUAUACUGUACACAUAUUAAAUCUGGAAAAAUGUUGCAGCAUGUUAUUGCUAUUUAUUUGUAUAUAUGUAUACAUUUGUUUCCAUUUCUCACUGGUCAUUGUGCUAGGAUGGUAGGUUACUGUGUCAUUAUUUAGCCUUAAAUCUAAUGGAACUCAGUGACAGAUGAUGCCUCUGCUAUCUUGUCUGUAGACUUGUUGCAGUAUCCUCUGUAACCAAAUCAACCUCACGUUGUGCCUGGUUAUGGGACUACAGAGACUGGGUCCUGAUUCGUUGUCUACAAAUUCUAAAUGAGUUUCAUUCAUUCUGAGCCAUGUCGUUGUUAUUUGUUUGUUAGAUUACAUCUUUGUCUAUUUUGUGUCCUAGUAAAUAACUGAACAUGUCUGAAAGUGACGUUUCUGGAUAAAGACAUUGCUUGAAUGUGCACUUUUAUGUAUUGCCAUGUUUAUAUUUUUGAAUAUAUUUAUAUCUGGAGGCUUGUGAGAAGAUGAACUGAACAAUAAAGUAUGUGAACACA